AUGGGCUUCUCUGGGCGAGACUCUGAGGUGGAGCCAGCACAACGACUUCAACCGCAGACUGGCGGGGCGGCGCCGUUAUCGUCGCUUCUAGAUGGAGGAGGUCCUCCUGUGUCCAGCCUGCUGGUGGCAACAGGAGCCGCUGCCCCGUUGCACGGGCCGGCGAGUGCUGACUGCUCAUCCUUCUUGCGUUCAGGCGUCCAGCCCACUCGCCUGGCUCUGGCUCCUGCGUGCGCAAGACGCUGGAUUCCGGGAGACGGUGAGGCCUUGAACUUGCUAUCCGAGGUUUCUCCCGGUUUCCUCCGUCGUUCACAGCCGCCGGGCCCACAACUGCCAUGCGGCGGACACUGGGGGGCUGUCGUGGGUCCUUUGGCGCCGGGGGGGCUUAGGCCCGAGACUCCCACGCAGCGGCAGCGCACGCCGUCUCCACCAUUGAGGAUGUCAGCGUCUCCGCCACAAACAGAGGGCAGCACAGCCGGCUACGCCUCUCCUCCCCACCUUUUGUCGAGGCUGUCUUCGUUCGAAAACGCGAACCCUUUCCCGCGGCAGGCCGGCGCGCGGUUCCUUUUCCAGCCACCACACGCAGCUCUCGCUGGCGCACGGGCUGAUGAGCAAAUUUAUGGCAGGGAUGGGCUCCCGUUCGCUGCCUCGCUGUCGGCAGGCUACAUUUCGCUCGGCGAAACUGCGCCAGCGGCUCUGCGGAUGUCGAGAUCGAUGCCGCUCUCAGGCGGCAACAAAGAGGGACGAGGAUUUUGCGACCUCAGGGCGCGAGGAAACGCCGGGCAUGGGGGUGGGCAGUUGCUGCCGGCAACGUCUCUGCAAGGGCCGCUUCGCGGACAGCGACGCGACGACACGUUUUUCGCCAGCAUGAGUGCAGGGGAUAUAUCGUCUCCAGGCACCGACUCUCCGCUCUCUGGUUCACUCGCUUACCCACUGCCGGAUCGCGGAGGCCACGCACUACGAAAUCCACCCCGGUCUCUGGAGUCUGGAGCCAGAGGCGGCAGAGGCCCCAGUUUCUCCUCCCCGCCGCCGGAUCUGUCUUCGCUGUCGCAGGCGAGUGCGGCUGCGGGCCUGCAGAACGCUCUGGGCUUUUUCCAGUCCUUCGGCCCCAUCAAGUAUAUCUUCUGGGACCUCUGCUCCUGUCCGCUGCUUCUUCGCUGCCCGGUCGCCUCGCCGACUGCGUGCUUCGAUAAGUCUGCCACUACGGGGACUCGCAUGGAUACAGACAGCGCGGGCACGACGGGCAGCCGGCUAUCUCGGCCGGUUUCGGAUCCUUGCGCCUUCUCCGCGGGGCUUAAGCGCACACGCACCCCUGCAGAGGUUGUGUGCAUGAUCGCGCGCUUCUUCAGAACGCCGGUCUCCGCAGUGAAGAUCUUCUACGAAGAAGAACCUGCAAAGCCGCUCAGUCCCCAGACCUCGCGAGAAGGCGUCGGCGCCGCGCCGCCCUCCCUCGUCAAGUCGGCGAGCCAACGCGGCGAAGAACGCGUGGCCAGUGAGCAGGCCCAGGCGCGAGCCCAGGAGUCUCGUUCGCCGCCGAGUGCCUGGGCGGAGAUACAGCCCCUGAGCCGGGAGAGGCACUCUCUGCGACGCGGCCUGCCGCAUGCGGAAUUCAGUUCCAGCGAGAAGCUCUCGCCUCAGAAACAAUUAACGCCGGAUGGAACGUACGCCCGGGAAGGCAGCGGCCAGGGUAGUGACCACGAAACCCCGUCUCAGGCUCUCUGCGACAGACUCGAUGACGAGAGUCGCUCAGUCCUCUCUGAAAUGGGCUGUCUGGUCCACGAGUGUCACAAACGGCGCGUCAUGGACUGCGUCGUGGCGGAGCUACAGCGUGCGUUAGUCGCCGCGAGGCGCCAAUCAGUGGACGAAGCAAUGCUGGCACAGCAGCACUCAGCUUCCCAGUUCGGAGACUCGGACCUGCUGGCGAGUUGUCUCUCUCUGUCUGCGCCGCCGACAAUCGUCAUCGCGUCUUCCAUUCACUUUGACUUCACCGAGGCGUUGAGGACGGAGAUCGAGUGGAGUCGGAUAGGCGAGCCGCCGCGAGUGCGCCUCCUUGUCUGCCACAGCUACGACUGGCCGUUCCGACCAACGGGCUUUCUCAGUCAGUUCAUUAAGAAGAUGGAGGUUCCGCCCCAGAUCCAGUCCGCCGUCUAUACCGCGACGUAUCGGCAGCUGGUGUCGGCGAUGUACGGCGUUCCAAUCUCCCUUCUGCAUCCCUUCAGUCCGCUGCCCUCUCCCCCUGCAAAUUGUGGGGACUGCUGCCUGAUUGAGCCGUGGACGGGCGGCAGUGAAGAAGCCUUUGAGGUACCUAGGCGCCACGUGCCUCCCUCAAGUUUCCUAGCGCAGUUUUCGGCGCCGUGCCCAUGCCCGGUCGCGACCCCCGGCCCUGCCGAGCCGGCAUGUGGCGCUGUCGACACGAGAUCGCUGCUCAGUCCGUUUCAGCCCAAUGUGAUGCUGCACCGGAACAGAAAUACGUCGCUCUUCUCGGCGUCGCGGGGCGAACGAAAAGCGAUCCCCGUGUCUCUCGCAACUCUUCUGCCCAUGGCUGAAGAAGGCUCCUCCUUCGGCGCCGCCGCCGCCGCGACAUGGGGCCUCUCGAACGAGGUCGCCUCCGCAGCCGCGAACGAAGAUUCAUCCAGACGCGACGCGGGUUCCGCUGCCCAAAACGCGGCGACUGUCGCCGCGGCAUGCGCACGCCCUGGCUUGCCUGCUGACCCCAGCCGCCGGCUCGUCGCGGGCUCUCCUAAGGGAGGAGCCUGCGACAGAGAUGCAGCGCUCCGCGGAGGCGUUCUCGAGCCCGACGGGCCCGCGCGCGGCUCGAAUCAGAACUAUAAAGGCGAGAGGCUUCUCUCGGCGUCGACAGCGCCGUUUGGGGCGUCGCCGACGAUGCCUGAGAGAGGCGAACAUCAUGGGAAGAGCUGUGACAACGACGCUGGGCGGUUACCCGCUCCGGAGGGUGCUGUGGAGAACAGAAACUUGCGCGGCGCCAGCGACGGCGUUUCCGCGGCUGCGGCACCGGCUGCCCUGCGCGCGACUCUUUCAUCGUCUCGAUCUGCCCCUGUGGCCGUCCCCAUUGGCGGGCCGCAGCGGCUCUACGCGUCGAGACAGCUGAGCGCGGAAGAAACUCGCGAGGACAAACGACUCGCGGGCAGGCGGGAGGAGCCUGAGGGCAACGCGAGCGCUGGCGAGACUCGUUCGCAGCAGACGCCUUCGCGCGAGCUGCUUGAGCUCUUGGAGGCCGUCUUCGCUUCGCCUGCUGCGUCGCCUGCUCAAGACGCCGAGGAGCCAGAAUAUCGCUUCCACAAGCGUCUGUCGAUGACAGACUCCAGGCACCGAGAACCCGGCCUGUCGCCCCGGUCUUCGAGCCCAGAGCUUCCGGAUGGUGAGCGGCGGCUGUCGGCGAACCCGCCGGUGUCUGCGUCGCUCCCAGGCGCCACAAAGGCUCUGAAGGGCAGUGCGCGAAUAUCAGGCGAAGCUGCCUUGCCUCUCGCGCCUGCUCCUGCGUCCUGCGCCGCGGCUCAUGCCUUCGCAGAUCUGAGCAGCGAGCUACCAGUCACUUUGAACGAAACCGCGCAGGGGCGGGCUGCAUGGCCCGACGAAGAAAUCCUCCUCCCUGGCCACGCCAACGCGCCUGUCGCUCGCUCCGCGCCUCAACACCGCGCCGAAGUCGCUCACGUCCCUACCCUUCUGGAGAGAGGAAUGGAAGAGAAGGAUUCGGGCGACACGCUGGAUGAUCUGCCCCAUGAAGACUGCCCUCUUCCUGGGGCGGGAUAUCGCGACACGCAAGAGAUUCCGCCGCACCAAGUCCUGGCGGCAGAGCGGAAAACCCAAAGCAGAGGGGUAGACACCAGCGCGGCGAAGCCCGCGACGAGGCCAGUUCCGCGGCGACCCGAUCCUGCGAUGUCGCCAAGAGGCGAGGCCGCGGAGGGAGGCAGAGGCAGUUCAGGUGGAUGCGCUCGCCUCAGCGGAUUGCCGUUGCCGUCGCCGCCGGCUUACCAAGCGUUUUCGCCGUUUUCUUUCUCAGUCCAGCUGUCGGCUGAGAGAGAGCUGCGCGAGGCGCCGCGGCGCCGCGAGCCGGAAUACUUUCAGUUCGACAACUCAGGCGAGGAGUCCGCCAGCCAACCGAGCUCGAGCGACUUUGGCCUCGCGGACUGGCAACUGCGAGAGCUGCGGCCACUGAAGAAGCCCCUUUGCCGCGAACUCCUCUCAAACACGAUCCUGCUGUCCCCCAUUCACUCCGCGGCCUCCUCAGCUGACAUGCGCAGCUCGCAGUCUGCGACGGCGCGACCAGCGCUCGAGUCUGAACAUGAGCAGCGGACGCAGGCGCUGAUCAGCGAAGCGCCCCCAGCGGUUCCUUCCUCCCGCGGGCCUCCGCAAACUAACCAAGAGACUCUGGAGAGAGCCGCGAGGGAGCGCGCCUCGCACCAGUGGCAAACUGCGCGAGCCACGUGGCCGGAUCGACGACCAGCAGAGGCUCCAGAAGGAGACACCGACCGCGGUCGAGGAGGCGCAGGAGCCUUCGCAGACGCCUCUGGGAGGGCGAGGCCCGCCGCGGGGACGGCAGACGGGGGCUCCGCACGAGAAGGCCGCGUGGUUGACGCGCGAGAAGACCGGAAGGACAUGUGGCCUUUCGAGUCCGAGGCACGCGCGCAAGUCGAAGCAUUUGAGACGCGGACAUACGUGCAUCUCGAAGGGGCAGAGAGGCGAGACGCCGCAGGCGGCCCCGGAGAGGGGAGACGGGGCAGCACCCAACAGGCGACGCAGGCGGGAGUCGCGACCUACGCCCAUGGGAGUGCGAGCCUCGCUGAGGGAGGCAUGCGCUCGCCUAACUUGUCUUCGUCUGUGCUGCCGCCUCAUGACCACGAUGCGCAAGUCCUCUGCGGGUGCCGUCAGCAACUCCAUUACGUCGGGUAUUCUCCGCAGACUGCCGGCGACCCUCAUGAGUGUUCACCUCCACUCUCCUCUGCAGCGUCAGGGGCGCCUUCCUGGCCUUUUUCGUCUGCACCUGAAACUGCCGCGGAUCCCUCGGCGGCGCAGGUAGGCGCGGCCGGGCGCGACGCCGGAAGUGAGGACGGCGUCUCAACCUCUGCUGCUCGAGCCUGUGCAGCGCCAGAGGGAGCGGCUCCUGCUGCUUCGCUGACUGCCGCGGAGCUGCAGGUAACCUCUGAGCAGGCGUCGCUCGUUUCCGCUUCUUCGCUGCGGGUCGUCUCGUCUGCUGCGUCCGCGUCGUCUUCCGUAGCCUCCGCGUCUCCGUCUUUCGCGUUUUCUCCCUUCUCGCGCUCUCUGUCCUUGACGCUGCUUCCGCAGGCCAACCCCCCCCUCGACGCACCCUCCCGGCGGGGGACCUCAACCCAAUCCCACCUGUCGCCGUCUGACGUCAAGCGGCGUGUCUCGCGCUUUCGAGGCGCGGACGACGAAAGCGAGCCACCGCACGGUCAGGGCUCCGCCGCUGUCUCGUCUUCAGGCCCAGUUGCGUUCGAGAGAAAGACAACAGACACUGAGUUGCUUGUUACCGCGAGCACGAGUCCGGCUCAAAACAUGCCACGCGAGUUCUCUUCUUCGCCCCUGCCUCCCUCUGCACCGCCGCCUCCUGCUGGGACUUCGUCGCUGCCGUAUCCUACAGUUCGAGCUGCUGCAGCUGCAUUUACUGCCGCUGCUACUUCCGGCUCGUCGGGACCCUCGCGGCCGGCCGCGGUGCCUCCACUUCGCCUGCCGGUGGAGGACGAGGGACGGGCGCACGUGCUGGCGCUAGGCAAGCUUCAGUCUCGCGGAGCGCUGCCGCCGCAGCCUCAGUCUGUGGCGCCGGACCACCCUGCGUCGCAUGCCUUUUUUCAGCAGUACGUGCUGGAGCACGCAGCGGCCUCUGAGCAGCAGGAGAGAGGCGACGAGAGCGCGGCCCGUGCUGGGGGCGGAGAGGCGGCCGCGCAGGGGACUGCGCCUAUGCGGCCCGAGGACGCCGACGCGCUCGCCACGCUCGCCUCGACGUCUUCCGCGUCGCCGACAUCUGCCGUCUCGUUCGCGUCCUCCUUCCUGUUUCUGGCUGCCGGAGACAAGCCGCGUGGACCCCGCGCGGCCGCGCCGCGAGCCAGAAAAGGUGAAGCCUGGGAGAGAGAGGAUGCCGCGACGCGUGCAGAAUGCAGACCGAGGCGGGUGCUGCGCCGCCUGAAGACGACCACGGACGAGGCGAAACGCGGCGGCGGCUUCCUCGGCGGCGUCUGCUGCGAGACGCGCUUCACGUCGCUGCCGCGUUGCCGAGUCUCGAAACAGAUGAGCGAGGCGGCCAACGAGCGACGGGGAUCGCUCUCGCUCAACAGCGGCGAGCGCGGCUCCGGCUCCAGGCUCACAGGCUCCUCCGUGGCGGACUCCUCGUGCGCCUCGCGACAAGCCUCCACCUUCUUGGCAGAGGGCAGAAGAGAAAGCGAGCUCGGAGCGGACGACGCGCCCACGAGCGGGGUCAGGCAAGUCCUCUCCGGUCUGUGGAAUGCGUUCACGAGCCCGACGCCGAAUCCGGAGGCCGUGCCGCCUGUCAUCCCGUCCUCCUCGAUGUCUGCCUUGUCCUCAACGUACUUCUCGUCCUCGUCGCCGAGCUGCAUGCGGCCGAGCUCCUGCGAACAUCCUGCGUGGGAUGCCGCGGCGGAUUCCGGUAAGCCGGGCGGCGCGGAGAGCGAGCCUGCCAGCGAAGGGGCACACAAAGCUGGGAAACAAAGAAUGGCGUCUGAUGCAUCGAAGGAAAAACAGGGGGGCACGACGGAGGGAGAGCGAAACCGAGACAGAGACUCGGGUUGGAGUAGGACGACCAAAAGCCCAUACAUGUCGGCAGCGAGGAAGCAAAGGAAAAUACGGCACCGCCGCACUUGA